CUGAAGUAAUUAUUAUCUGCCAAGACUGCCAGUGCUAGUGGCAAGGUCUAUUCAUUUGAGUUUCGCAGAUAAGAGGCAGUGUGCAGCUUGUACUAAGUUGUAGCACUAACGUUAGUAAUAGUAGCACUAUCUCGAUUACAUGUAAACGUGGUUUGGUGGCGUGUGGGCACCACUGUCUGUAGAGGGUAUUGUGGUGAGAUACCGUCUUAAAGAAUAUCAUAGAUAUAAUCAGUACAGUCUAGACUACAGUACACACUACAGCUAGCAGUGCAGACCGUUGCCCGCUACCAGACUAGUACUGGCACUAGCAAUCUGUACUUCUUAUACGACUUACGAGUUGCACAAGUCUUUCUCACUAGUAAUACUACGAGUGAGGCCUUUGAAGUCGUUGCCUUUAGUCUCUACCUGGUUUCACGCGCGAAGCAAGGAUACGUAAAAGAAGCUCGUCUGGUUUGGACCAUCAGCAUCAGCAUGAAGACUUCCUGCAGACUGCAAGAGCGGAUACCGGUGAUCGGCCGUGGGGCACUGCGGAUAGCAGCUCUCUUCGUGGCGAUCGCGCUGUUACAAGUGUCGGAAGGUUCGUCCAACGGUCAGGAUUACAUCAGCAUGACACCAGAAACCCCAAGAUACAUCGUCUGGUCGUUCGGGCCAGGUUCGCGGACGAAAACACUGCAAGCCAAUGUCGCAGGGGUAGCCUUACUACGGAAUCCAACCUACCAGUGGUAUCACAAGUCUCUGUCAUCAUCACCUGUCUAUGAAAACGGAAAGACAUUUACAUUGACGGCGCGGGGUACACAGGACGCGGGGAUCUACUUUUGCAGAGUGAAAGGACAAGUGUACGAAAAUGGAAGAUUCAAGGAUCACGAGAUAAUUCUCUCCCGUCACGUCACUGUCUACGCUGACGUUCAGGAUGCGGUGUGCGGCGAACUGCCCUGGUUCAUGGACGCCCGUAUCAAGCAGACCGGCCACUGCUCCAAGAACAGCACUGGCCGGAUUCAGGUGAGCGAGGGAGAGCGCCUCGCCAUCAACUGUACAGCUCGGGCCCUGCACGAUGGCGUCAACGGCAACGCCUACCUCAUCAGAACUCCUAGCGGCACCACACAGGCCACGGCAAGUCUGGUUGUCGGCGCAGUGAAAAUGUCGCACUCGGGAACAUACGUGUGCAGGGCGGCCAAUGGCGUCUCCAUCAUCUACGCAUACAUUGACGUCAUCGUCAGCAAAGCAGCACUCCCAACAACUCCAGCUUCACUCUCCCAGUCUACUCCUGUUCAUAUUCCAAGCAUGGGUGUACUAACAUCGCCAGGAGAAAAGACUCUAAAAACUAGCAGUACUUCAUCACCAUCAACUGACCAUCCCCAGCCCAAGACUACAACCAAUGAUCGUGGCAGUUCUGAACCGAAUGAUUCAGCCCAGGUUUUUAGCUUGUAUAUUAUAGUCAGCGGGGCAGUGUUUGCCGUCAUCGUUGUGUCAGUGAUAUUAAGUGCCAUUGCCAUCAGCAGAAGAACCCCACAGACUAAUAUUCAGAUCAACAAAGGUGAUCCUGAAUGUGGCAGAGCUCAUUCGGCAACUCACAUUGCCAGUCAGCAGCCUACGGUCGUAGCCUCUACUCAGGUUGAGCACACCAUUGCAACAUGCCACUCGGCCACUCACGUUGCCCACCAACAGCCCGCCACAGUCGCAGCAUCCGCUCCUCCGGUCGACUCCGCCACUCUGCCAGCAUGCCAGUCGGUGGUUGUCAUGACGCAAGGCGACACCACGGGCACGUGUGUUUGAUGAUGAUAGGCAGCCCUGGUGUGAGUGGCGCUGCACUGAACAUACACACUUGUACAUUCUGCACAUAACAUAUUUGUACUCCAGAGGUACAUGUCUACGUACUUGAAACUGUACACUAUCUUGUAUGAAAUCAACUCCUUCCUUCAGACUUGAAUCCAUCCAGACAACAUAAUACAGAAUCUCCAAUAAUUUAUUACUAUGCAUUUCCAUAACCAUUCCAAGAGGCUCUUCUUUCCUUGAUAGAUUAUGGGGCAGUGUUUAUCUCGCUACGAAAUCCCUUGAGAGAUGUACCAGGAUUCGCUUGACUCCUCACCUUAUUUUAUCCGUCCAGAUGUUCUAUUUAUUUCCGGCUGGAGACUCUCUCCGCCAUACAGCUGCGGUUCAUCUCUAUUGCACCAACAGUGCUUUAGACUAGUUCAUGGUGCAACUCAGUGGCCACAAGGCGUGCAGCUCUUUCUUUCUUCAAAUCCGUUCUACAUCAGAAUUAUUCUCAGACUCACAAUAUUCGUUCAGAAACGCUUUCACUCGGUCAUGUUGUGUACAAGUACAUUGUACGUAUUAAAGUCGUAACGAUACAUUUUGUAGUUUAUUUUCUGUAUCAAGGUGAUUAUGACGUUAUCACUUUUCUUCUGCAUUUUACUAUUUUUUUUAAUUUCAGUAAAAAAGGUGUGCGUUUUGCUGGUAUGGUGUGUGUAAGUUUUACCGGGAGUAGUAAAUCUACUUACUUCAUGGUUUCCAUGGUUUCAGGCGAUUGGCCCAGUACCAGUUGGUGUUGUGAAUAAAACCAUUCUCUCA